UGUGCCAAAAAAUAGAUUACUACACAUGCAGUAGUUGCUGAUACACCAUGCAAAAAUUGCAUAAUACGCGUCAGAGAUAGUAAAGCUCAAAGAGACCUAAAACAAACUAGUCUAGCUGCUUGUAAUCUUUACAUUUACGGUAUACAUAUAUGUACAUAUAACCUUUUCAAAUUCAUCCCAUAACAAGGACACAAUCCAAAGAUGUAGGAAGCUGACAGUCUCAAGCAACUAGAACCAUUUUACCUUGAUGGGAAACACAAAGAGGCAAUGAAACAGUUUUGGAAUCAAAACGGGGAAGAGCACAAAACUCAUUUUCUAGGCUUACUGGGUACUUGAAAUUUCCUACUUUGGGACAAAAGAAUCAACUUUAGUAUUUUUUUUUCUUUUUUUGGCUGAAUUAUCAACUUAUCUAGUACUUGAAUUUUCUUCCCAAACAAAAGCAAUUCACCCUUUCCUUAUACCUUUCCCUUAUUCAGCUUCCAAAUCCUGUCAUUACUAAUAUCUGUCAUUCACACCACAAAAAAUGAACACUCUUUUCUUCCUCUUUAUUCUCUUCUUCUUCAACACUGUCUCGUCCUUCGACUUCCCAAACCGUUUCACCAAGUCGUCCCUCACAUCCUCUCUCCAUCAUAAACCAUCAUCCCAAAAAUACUUCGAGCUCGCCCUUCCUCUGCCGUCCGAUCGGCUGACUUCAUCGUGCACUCUCCCGAUCCUACGCCACUCCUUCGCCAACACCAUCGAUGGCCCUCCUUUCUCAACGCCUUACUCUCCGCCGUCGGAUUGCCCCUCCCCCUGGUCCUUCGUCGUCGUCGAGUUUCGCGCCAAAUGCAAAGGAGAACAGUACGACCGAAUCUCCGCCCUGUGGCUCGGCGGCGUCGAGAUUCUCCGGACUAGCCCCGCCGAGCCGACCGAGGGCGGGAUCUUCUGGAAGGUUCGGAAGGACGUGACCAGGUACUCUUCGAUUCUCUCGCGAUCGGACUUGGAUCUCACUAUUAUGCUCGAGAACGUCGUGGACAAGGACUUUACUGGAAUCUACCAUGUCGAAGUCAAUUUUCUGUAUUACAAGGACAACGUAACCGAAGUUAGGGUUCCGUCUACGACCGGAGAUCGGAAUGAAAGUGGAGAGUUAGGGUUUAUAAGGCAAAAGACAGGGCUGGAAUCUUCGGAUUUUGGCGCGAAUUUGGCGAUUGUGGAGGAAGAGCCGGCGGAUUUGAUCAUUCCGAUAUCGGACUCCGGCGAGAGGGGAUUCUGGUUCAGAUCAGAGAGCGAAUUGGAUUUGCACGCCAAGGAAAUCCGAUUCCCGAAGAACACUCGCCGAGCCGUUCUGGAACUUUACGUGUCGUUUCACGGCAACGACGAGUUUUGGUACUCCAAUCCGCCGAAUUCCUAUGUCGCAAUGAACAAUCUGGAAACCGCUCGCGCUAACGGAGCUUACAGAGAGGUUUUCGUGACCAUCGACGGCGAGUUAGUCGGAUCGGAGGUUCCCUUUCCGGUUUUCUUCACCGGUGGAAUCAAUCCUCUGUUUUGGGAACCGGUGGUGGCGAUCGGAGCCUUCAAUUUGCCAACGUACGACCUAGAAUUGACGCCAUUUCUCGGAAAGCUCUUGGACAAAAAUGUUCACCGGCUCGGGAUCGGCGUCUCCGACGGAAUCUCGUACUGGCUCGUGAACGCCAAUUUACACCUCUGGCUGGACCACAAAUCGCCGUCGGUGGUUGCGCAAUCGAGCUUUUACCUGAAUCCGCUUCUCCAAAUUGAGCGCCAAUCGCAGUUCAGAAAACUCGACGGAUCGUUCAAGACCAAAGCCGAGAGAACAAUCCAAUACACAGGUUGGGUCAAGUGGAGCGGAGGCAACCACACGACGACAUUCUCGCAGAGGUACAAGCUCUGGAACACGAUCCGGUUCCAGAACGACGGAGACUACAAGUCAGUGAAGCAGAAGAUCAAGGCGAGCAGAGAAGUCAAGGUUUUGAACGACAGAGGCCAAGUGAUUACUUGUACGAGCUCGAAGAGGAAAUAUCCUCUGAGAGUGAUCACGGCGAAGCUUCCAGGGUCGCGGAAGGACACCUAUAUGCUGGUCACGAACGUCUCGCACUCGAUGGAUGAGAAGUCCUUCCAUGGCGGCCGUAAAAGGCGGCUCUACAAUUGGCAGGACUCGAAUGGGUGGAUGGAGGUGAAGGGUCACUCCGUUGUCUCCGGCACGGCAGAGACUCUGCAGAGGGUUCGAUACAGGGACGUGUUGGGGUGCUAUUCCAGGUCUGUUUCCGCUAGUAAUGGAAAGCUUACAGGAGAUAAUACGACACUGGCGUGUUUGUCGUUGGCUUCUUCGUAAUAAUAGUUUCUUUCUUUUGUCGGAAUUAAUAAUGAAACCUGUGUCUUAAACUUUUUUGCUAAUCCCGUGUCUUAACUUUUUUAUGUGUACAUAAUGUACUUAUGUUGUCAUUUUCCUGUAAUUUCGUAACUUGCAAUUAGUUCACUUCCUUUUAAGAAUAAGUUUAUUUCUUUUUUCCUUAUUUGUUAUUGGUCUUGAUGCAUUAAAGGCACUUCCUAUUACGUGCAUGGGCGUUUGUCGGCAGUGAAUGCCUCCAAUUUGUAUGGGACUCGACACGUUAAA